AUUGUUUUCAAGAUUACACAAAAAAUAUUAAGUCAACAAUAUCAGUCCAGCAAAGACAGAUCAAAAUAUUUCUGCGGUUCUUGAUGAUUACUAUUUCGUAAGAAUGUGGAGGGUAGUACAAUAUUUAAGGGUUGAGUAUGUUGCAAUAGCAGUAAAUAUGGAGAAUGUUUAGCACCAUCAUCUACACCAGACUGAAUCAAGCGGCAUGUCCGUUCUUUUGCCUAUCCACAUCAAAAUUUAGCAAUAAGGUAUACAUAUAAACAACCGACAAAAAUGCAACAAAAACCACUGUACUCAGUGCCAUGAAUCUCUGUCCAGCGGCACCAAACCCAGCAGCAAUCAAGUAGCCCAUUUAAAGUUGCAUCGAUGUUGGCAUCAGGUUUAGAAGUUGGUUUGAUAAGAUUUUGAUUUCUGUUGGAAAUAAACCCUAAGAAAAUCACGCAAGUUAAAGAUGGCUGACGACAGCAGCACCGACGGUGUAAGAGCCCCUACCCAAAGCUACGGUCGUCAGAACCAUCUCCGCCGGAUAAGCAGAGAAACACUAGACUUAAUAAGCUCUUUACCUGAUGUGAUCCUACAUGAUAUACUCUCCUUUAUGCCGACCAAGUUCGCCAUCAGAACUUCCCUCUUGUCAAAACGAUGGAGGCAUAUAUGGUGCCAAACACCGUCUCUUUCAUUCGAGAACUGUAGACUGGAGUCUCCUUCUCUAAACGAAAUCCUAACACGUUACACAGCUCCCAAGAUGGUGAAGUUUCACCUCCAUACCAUCGCCAUGAACAAUAUUCCCCACCAUAUCAACAGGUGGAUCAAGUUAGUCAUGUCCCGUAACGUCGAGAAUCUGUCCCUGGAUUUAUUUAAUUUUGCUGAGUAUAAGUUUCCUGCUUUCUUCUACAUCAAUUCUUCUGUUAAGCAACUCAGCCUUAAGUUUAGCCCUUUUGAUAUGGUGGUUCCUAGAUGCUUAGUGUCUUGGACAUCUCUGCGGAAGUUGUACUUAAGUAGUUGUAGUCUUUCUGAUGAAUCCAUGGCUCAGAUUCUAUCUGGUUGUCCGAAUCUUGAGAGGUUAAAGUUGUGUUCCUGCAAUGCACUCAAGAUUCUUGAUCUCAGUAAAUCAAUGCGUCUGAGAACAUUAGAAAUAAACAGCGACACUCGGUUCCCCGGGACACUGAAGAUUGUGGCACCAUAUAUCCAUUGUCUCAUAUUGAAAAGCUCUCAUCAUUUACCAUGUGUUUUAGUUGAUGUCUCGUCUUUAGUCGAAGCGAGACUGAACAUUUCCAUUGACUCACUUUCAAAAACAAUCAAGGAUGAUAUUCUUCAAUUCAUGGUGCUAAAGAUGUUGGAAAAGUUGCAGAACGUGGAGAAGCUUACUUUUGGGAUGUUAUCUCAUGCCAAGCUUCGUGGUGUUCCUUUUCCGAGGUUUAAGGUUAAGUCUUUGACUCUUGACACAGGGGUCUUUAACCUCGGUAUCUUGGCGACUACAUGGAUUUGCAAGCCUUUAAUCUGGAUCAAUGUUGGAGAUCAAAAUAUGGUGUCGUUUGGAACAAAGCCAGUGCACGUUGUUUCAUUUGUAGAACUUACGCUUAAAAAUACAAAGGCAUUAGACAAGACGGUCUACUGUUGGAACUUGGAAGACCAUUACCUUAGGUUUAAAGAGUUGGUUCCAACACUUUCUCACAACUGUAAUGUCUCCAUUGCCCUCUACCCCAAACGUUAGAUUAGUGGUGAAUCAUAGGGUCUCACUUAUAAGAAACAUAAACCCAUGUU